CUGCUGCGUGCUGGCGGCCUGCCCGUGCGCUGCAGGCCCGCCGCCGCCACAGCGCUGGGUGCUGCUGUGCUCGGCCGGGCUGAUGCUGCAGGCCGCCGCUUACCUUGUGAGAAGCUGCGCGAGAAAGAGGGGCACGGCGAAGCGUGCGCUUGGGCCUGCCCAGACGGCAGCGGUGACGCAUUCGGCGCGCAGGCGGCGGGAGGAAGACGGCCGGGCGUGCCGCGCGGCGGGCGGUGUUGGCCUCAACACCCGCGCCGCACGCUUCCUUCCCGACCACCACCCUCAUGAACCCCUCCUCUAUCCGCAACUUCUCAUCCUCCAUCGCCAAAAUGUCGCAGAACGUCUUCUUUGACAUCACCAAGAACGGCAGCCCCAUGGGCCGCAUCACGUUCAAGCUGUACGACGACGUCGUGCCCAAGACGACCAAGAACUUCCGCGAGCUCUGCACGGGCCAGCACGGCUUCGGCUACGAGAAGUCGUCGUUCCACCGCGUCAUCCCGCGCUUCAUGCUGCAGGGCGGUGACUUCACCGCCGGCAACGGCACGGGCGGCAAGUCCAUCUACGGCGCCAAGUUCCCCGACGAGAACUUCAACCUGAAGCACACCAAGCCGGGACUGCUCUCCAUGGCCAACGCCGGCCCCAACACCAACGGCUCGCAGUUCUUCAUCACCACGGUCGUCACGUCGUGGCUCGACGGCAAGCACACCGUCUUCGGCGAGGUCGUCGACGGCAUGGACGUCGUCAAGGCCAUUGAGAAGGAGGGCACCGACUCGGGCAAGACGCGCUCGACCAUCACGAUUGCCAAGUCGGGCACCGUCUAAGUGCAGGCCUGGUCUGGCUGCGCGAACGGCGAUGGCCGCUUGGAUGCUAGUCGCGUCGCUGCAUGAGGCACACCUCAUCCAGUGCACGAGACGUCCGAGCUCUGUUUCUGCUCGCGCAACGGUCUUGUUGCUCCACCCCCUUAUCACCCCAGCAAAGAAAUGAAAGCUGUCACAGGCUGCCUCUUCGUGCGUCUUGUCUGGGCAGCGGGCAAGUGGAUGAAGCGAUGCGCUGUGGGUGCGGUGCAGCCCGGUCCGUGCCCGUGCGGCUCAUGCCUCGACCUGCUUCCUCGUCGCGCAUCCCUCGACUCCUUCCACACUGCACUUCGCUGCACGUUCGGG